CCGGGCUCAGUCACACAAGUGCUCCGAGUGCGUUGUUCGCGCAAGCGAGGCCGUUGGCUGGUGCCCCGGCGCAUGGCGGGCAUCAGGCAUCCCCCAGCGGGCCCAGGGCCGGCAGGCCAGGCGGCGGGCGGUUUGGUCCGGCGCGGGCAGCCCCAGACGCCUCCGGCACAUGCGCCGUCCAUUGGCCCUGCGUGCGAUUGCUCCGACGCAUGACGCGGUUGUUGCGACACGACGAUGCAACGGGCAGGGGAUCGAACCCAGGUACGGAGGCGAGCCUGACGUUGCCCUGACGGUGGCGUCGAGCGCCGUCUGCUGAGGCGCGACACUGCCACGUUCCCGGUUCGCAGGAUUGACGCACUGGAUGGCUGGGCAAAGAACAGUGGAGUGCCUGCCAGCCUGAAAGUACAGGGCUCGCCGCCUGACGUCGGUGCCCCUCGCUGCCCCUCCGCACUCAGCCAACGUACGUUGCUAUUACGCCGAUCUGCGCUCGACCUCAUCUGCGCUCGACCUCGCCGCCCAUUCCUCCCAGCUUGCGUAGCUCCAUUUGCUACAUACCUACCUAGUACUUCGUACGCCCUGUCUGCUUCUCGAGCGAAGCGCACGGCUCUGGUGGAGACGUGCCGUCAAACUCAAGCUGUCCGCUAGCAACGCCUCCGAUCCAUACCCAGGCAGCGUGACGUCGACUCGCCCCACGCAGCUCCUCCAGCUCGCGGCCGACUCGCCUCGAGCGUCACCAUCACCUCCUCUGCCGGCCUGCAUGCUCGCCGACCGGACACCACGGACAUCACCCGGAACAGACACAGAGGCCCUGCCGCCCCCGUGACCGCCGCCGCCGCCGCCAUCAUGCCCGCGGCCGUCGACAACGCGCAGGCCCCGCCGGGCCGCCUGCUGCUGCUCUCCAACCGGCUGCCCAUCACCAUCAAGCGCGACGACGACGGCAGCUACACCUUGUCCAUGUCCUCGGGCGGGCUCGUCACGGGCCUCAGCGGCCUGAGCAAGACGACGAGCUUCCAGUGGUACGGCUGGCCGGGGCUCGAGGUGCCGGAGAACGAGGUCGACCACAUGAAGAAGCGCCUCAAGGACGAGUACGGCGCGCACCCCGUCUUCAUCGACGACGAGCUGGCGGACCGCCACUACAACGGGUUUUCGAACUCGAUCCUCUGGCCGCUCUUCCACUACCACCCGGGCGAAAUCACGUUUGACGAGUCGGCGUGGAUCGCGUACCAAGAGGUCAACCGGCUCUUCGCCAAGACGGUCAUCAAGGACGUGCAGGACGGCGACCUCAUCUGGGUGCACGACUACCACCUGAUGCUGCUGCCGCAGAUGCUGCGCGAGGAGAUUGGCGACGCCAAGAAGAACGUCAAGAUCGGCUUCUUCCUGCACACGCCGUUCCCCAGCAGCGAAAUCUACCGCAUCCUGCCCGUGCGCCGCGAGCUGCUCGCGGGCCUGCUCGACUGCGACCUGAUUGGGUUCCACACCUUCGACUACGCGCGCCACUUUCUGAGCAGCUGCUCGCGCAUCCUCGGGUGCUCGACCACGCCCAACGGCGUCGACUGGAACGGCCGCUUCGUCACCAUCGGCGCGUUCCCCAUCGGCAUCGACCCGGACAAGUUUGUCGAGGGGCUCAAGAAGCCCAAGGUGCAGGAGCGCAUCGCCGCGCUCAGCCGCAAGUUUGAGGGCGUCAAGCUCAUCGUCGGCGUGGACCGGCUCGACUACAUCAAGGGCGUGCCGCAGAAGCUGCACGCGCUCGAGGUGUUUCUGACGGAGCACCCCGAGUGGAUCGGCAAGAUUGUGCUGGUGCAGGUGGCGGUGCCGUCGCGGCAGGACGUCGAGGAGUACCAGAACCUGCGGGCCGUGGUCAACGAGCUCGUCGGGCGCAUCAACGGCCGCUUCGGCACCAUCGAGUUCAUGCCCAUCCACUUCCUGCACCAGUCGGUCAGCUUCGACGAGCUCACGGCCCUCUACGCCGUGUCCGACGUGUGCCUCGUGUCGUCGACGCGCGACGGCAUGAACCUCGUCUCGUACGAGUACAUUGCCACGCAGCAGCACAACCACGGCGUCAUGAUCCUCAGCGAGUUCACCGGCGCCGCCCAGUCCCUCAACGGCAGCCUCAUCGUCAACCCCUGGAACACCGAGGAGCUCGCCAACGCCAUCCACGACGCCGUCACCAUGAGCCCCGAGCAGCGCGCCGCAAACUACCGCAAGCUCCAGCGCUACGUCUUCAAGUACACGAGCGCCUGGUGGGGCGCCAGCUUCGUCAGCGAGAUGGUCCGCCUCAGCGCCGACACCGCCAAGCCCAAGACGCUGCGCAACGUCUCGGGCGCCCUCGUCGGCGCCGCCCACCGGGUCCAGCAGGCCGCCGACGCCGUCGCCAAGGCCGUCGCGGGGGAUGCCGAGGGCGAGGGCGAGGGCGAGGGUGGCGAGUCUGCGGCCAAGUGACCCGCUGCCGACCUCUGCGGCGGCGUUGGCGGCGACGGGAAGGACGGGUUCAGUCGUUUCAAUAUUGGGCGUCUGCGGCCGUCCUUGGGCACUUGAGGAUUUACUGGCCCUGCGGCGUCUGGGAGCGCGUCAUGUACUUAUUCGGGUUUCACCAAAAACGAAGUUUACCUAGGACCAGGUGCCCGUGUCGUGAUCAUAUCCCAUGCGGCGUCUGGGAGCGCGUCAUGUAGUUCUUGUGUUCACCAAAAACAAAGUGUACCUACGAGCCAUGCCCGUGUCUUGAUCAUGUCCCA